AUGAGCGAGUCGGCUGAAGAGUUGGAGAAACUGCGAUCCGCACCAAAAGUUACCACGAAAUCAUCUGGCCAUUGUAACAGUAACUGCAUUCGCAAACAGCUACGUCGAAGAGUACAUAUUGUCAACUGGAUUACUUCAUACGAUAAAGAAGAUUUGAUUUCGGAUUUUAUCGCUGGUAUUACGCUGGGUUUGACUAUCAUACCGCAGAGCAUUGCGUAUGCCUCGAUCGCCGGAUUGCCGUCCCAGUAUGGACUGUACACGGCAUUUAUGGGUUCUCUCCUGUACGUAAUAUUCGGAACUGUCAAGGAAGUUUCUAUCGGACCAACCAGCUUAAUGGCUUUACUUUCCAUUCAGUACACGAUGGACAAACCGAUUGAGUACACCAUAAUGCUAGCAUUUUUGGCAGGUGUGGUGGAGCUGCUGAUGGGCGUUUUAAAUCUUGGUUUCCUUGUCAGCUUCAUACCGAUACCGGUUACGUCGGCAUUCACUUCUGCUACCUCUCUAAUCAUCAUUGGAACACAGAUGAAACAUUUACUGGGUAUUCCAACCGCUGGCAAUGGAUUUUUCCAGACUUUGUUCAAAUUGUCCAGCAAGUUGACUCAGUUUAGCGGAGGUGACCUGCUGCUUGGUUCAUUUGCCAUCGUAUUUCUUUUGUCACUUCGACAGUUGACGCGGAUUCCUAUCAAGGACGAUACCACGACAGGAAAGUUUCUAAAGAAACUGCUAUGGUACAUUAGCCUGUCGCGAAAUGCACUGAUUGUCAUCAUUUCAUCAACCAUCGCGUACAAAUGGAGCGCAUCGGGUGAGGCGGUACCCUUUAAGCUUUCCGGACAUGUCAAGCCUGGAAUUCCCGGUUUUCAAAUCCCAAUACACAACAUUGAAACUGGUAACACAACAAUCACGUAUUUUGAAGUCGUGAAAGAUCUUGGAAGCGGUCUUAUCCUACUUCCUCUGGUUGCAGUGCUGGCGAAUGUGUCAAUCGCGAAAGCAUUCACGGCGGGAAAAAUCGUUGACGCUUCGCAGGAAAUGAUUGCCCUAGGACUGUGCAACAUCGUUGGAUCAUGCUUUAGCUCUAUGCCAACUUGCGGAGCCUUCACCCGGUCAGCCGUCAGCCACUCGAGUGGGGUGCGAACUCCACUAGCAGGAAUGUAUUCGGCCAUUCUAACACUGUUAGCUUUGAGUCUUUUGACGCCAUAUUUUUACUUUAUACCGAAGACGACCCUAGCUUCGGUUUUGAUUUGUUCGGUGAUAUUCAUGAUUGAUUUCAAAAUUGUGGACAAAUUGCGGAAGUCGUCUGUCAUCGAUACUUUAUCCUGGUUUGGAUGUUUCAGUGUUAGCCUGUUUGCAGGCGUCGAAGUCGGUUUGUUGUUUGGGAUUUUAAUCAGCGUAUUGGGACUUCUCAAGGUAUGGGUGCGACCCGAUAUUAAGCAGAACGCAGUCGAGCAGCAAGGCUUCCGCUACGUAAAACUUAGCCCAGAGACGGGACUAUUCUUUCCGGCAGUGGAUUUUCUAAGGACGAGCGUAAUCAAAGUUGCUACCGAGCGACAGGUUCCGGUGGUGAUCGACUGUGCAGCGGUAAUCGGGCUAGAUCAUACGUCAGCAAAAGGUCUAAAGGAAUUAAGCAAAGAACUGGAGCAAGUGAAUCAGAAACUGAUACUGCUUAACCUGAAACCGCAGCUGCGAAACCUGCUGAAAGAAAAGAAAUCCGAUAAUUUAUUUAUCUACUGGGAAGACGAGGGAAUGGUCAGUUCUAACAAUAACAGUUCGGGGCUCAAUACCGAAUGA